AUGGUUCAUCCAAUGAAUCUUCUGCCUCAAGUGCAAGGAGCUUCACAAAAGAAAAUGGAGAUGGAAGCUUCAUCAACAAAGCAAGCUGUAGCAAGAUUGAGGUCAAGUGGUGGUCAUCUAUCCAUUGUCGAUGAAGCCCCAGGCGAUGCCAUGGCAAAGCUAGGUGCAACCCUAAGUGACACCAUGGCAAAGCCAAGGGUGAUGCCCCCUUACCCACAUGGCAACACCCAUAAAGGCGAUGCCCAAGGUGACAUCGAUAGUGAACAAGAGGCUAGAAGAAGAGGUGAUGCUGUGAUGGAGGGCGAAGGUGAAGGUGACGUCGUGCUUGGAGUAUUGGGCUGCACUAAUCGGCUGGGUGGUGCUAAUGCGCUGGGCGACGCCAGCCAAUCACGUGGUGAGAGUAGGACAUGUGAGCAUGAGAUAGACGGUGCUAGCGAGCUGGGUGCCAAUAGGUGUAGGCCAGGUGGCUAUGGCAAUGACAGGCACAAGUCAGAUGGAUUUGGUGAUGGCGAGCACGGGCCUAACGGCGAAGUUGGCAGUCUGGGCGAUGACGGGUGA